AUGGGCGAAAAUGCAUACAAACUCGGUGAUAAAACAACUAGCCACCGUUUGAAACUAAGAUUCCGAAACCUGAAUCCAAUAUCAUACUUGGAACUCACUAAAUUGAUUCGAUUUCGGGGUAACUUUUGGUUUCCGGUCUGCAAAUUCAAGAAGACUUUAUCGACAUAUUCAAUCCCAGUAACGGUUUCUGCUGUUUCAAUCAAUUCCUUCAUUUUUCUGCUGGCUUAA